AUGGAGACAAAUCUUUUGUGCUUUAUUGCUCUAACUACUCAGAUCUUCGUUUCAGAUUUGAUCAGCAAAAAACAGGGUGGUCAAAGCGCGGUACAAUUUAUUGACUUCGUCCUCCACGCUGAGCUGCCCAUUGCAUUACUUAUUUUGCCGGUCCUUCAAAACAGAGUGAAGCAAAAGCCAUCAUGCGAACAGGAUUCGCAAUGGCAAGCUGAAAUUAUCGAAAGAAUCGAAUCGAAGGACCACUUUACGCUCCCCUUAGGGGCUUUAUUGGACAAUUGCCAAAUUGAGUUAGCUCAACUCAAAGACGAUUUGGCUACUCGUCCUUUGGAUCUUCCACGAUCCUACACUCCGACUGCUCCUGCUCCUGAUCCACAUUCUGACUCCUCAGUUACGUCCGCGGUGCCAAAAAAGGAUAGACGAGCUAGCACGCGUAGGCCUCCUCCGGUUAAGGAAGGUACCGAAGGAACAAUUCUUGAGGACAUCGAAGAUGAAAGUAUUGAUUCUUUGCAACAACCGUCAACUAGCGCUCGAGUAACCAAAAGUCCAAGUGUGCCACUGAACAAGGUCGGUGCUUCACCUCGAACACGUUCGAUCAGCGGCUUUGGUAUGUGGAGAAGUGUACGUCGGAAGUCUCGUCACAUUUCCAAUGAAAGCGAGAGCGAAGGUGAUCGCAGUGUAGAGUUAGCCGACAUUCAAAGAAAAGAUGAAGGUGGCGGGGUGAGGUCCUACGAACGCCAAUUCGCCGUUCUACUGAAACGUUGGUUCUUCCUUUACAUGAAACUUUGGACGCAAACAGGCAAAGAUGUGAGUGCGAUUGAAAACUUCCUCUUACACAGUCAAAUUCCACUAGUUGUCUCGUUCUCCACUCCCAAAAAGCCGAAUGGAAAGAAUGAUGAGGAUGUGUUCCAAAUCACAGAGCAACAUCAACUUGUUUGA